CGCGGCUCAGUCAUUGAUGAGCGCUCGAGCUGAGCGAAACGAAACCAGUGAUCCCACUUAUUUACGUGCCCAUAGUGCUGGAUUAUCUCGCUGAAAACCUUCAAGCGCAAGCCCGUGGAUUAUUUCGGAUACUUUUUAGUGUUUGGCAUAAAAUGUAAAAAGAUAUCCUCCAAAAAUGCUGCACGAAACGCCUUCAGUGCAACUUUCCCGUCUGCUGGACGGCGACGACGAGGAGAGUCCGGACGAUUUUGCCACCCCGCCUGCGCAGGCUUUUCGCCGCGGCCAGAGUAGGGUGUACCACGCGUCCGAAUGGGUUGAGCACCAAGAGUGCAUCUGGGCUCAAGCCACCCCCAAAAGUGAGAAACAAUCCCCCGAAACAGUGACCCCGGAGGGCGGUGAGGAGUGGCAGCUGAUUGUGUCGGGGCACGCGGGGCCGCCGAGCCACAAGAGCCAGGACUCGGGUUUUUCCGACUCCGAGUCGGAGGCCUCGCCGCACCAGCUGGAGUUCAAACCGGUGCCCAAGCCGGCCGGCUCGCCCGCCCCGGGCACGCCGCUGCAGUGCUCGACCCCCAAGGCGGCCAGGACGACGCUGCGGGCAAGGAUUGUGAGCCGCAAAAGUGGUGCUAAUGACAAGAAGAAGGAUUGUAAAGUGAACUACGGACGGACUUUGGUGAACCCUUCUUUGGAUUUGCUGCUCACGACGAGGGUUGUGGGCAGCGAGGUGUGUCGCGAUCCAGUGGAGAGAUGGCUGCAAGAAACGCGAUCGCGUGUCGACGCCGAGUGCAUGACCACCCUGCAGGGCAAGGCCAUCGCCUCAAGACUGGGAAGUGCGUGCUCCAGAGUGGUCGGCGCAAGGGAUGCUGUGCGUGCCCUCCAGCAAAGGGCGCACGUCAUCUCGGCAGAGUUCGCCAAAUUGUGCCAACACAUGGAGUUGGACAGACUUGAAUCUUGUCCGCCCCUGGCUGAAAGUCUCAUCGGUCAUGUCCAUGAAUUCGUUCAGGGCUACCAGUCGCACCACGCGCAGUGUCCAGACGAGGAGCAGCGCCGCGAGGACCAGGAGCGGCUGGCGCGUGAAGAGGCCUCCCUAGUGGCCGCCUGCGACCGCCUCCUGCUCACCUGCAACAGCCCGGACGGCACCCUGUCCAGGGAGCAACUCGCCCUGGAUGUCGCCUCCCUCGGACACUCGUUCACGCGGCUGGUCGACCGGGUUCUGAGUCACGAAAUCAAAGGGUUGGUUUGGGUCCUCGAGCAGGCGAGUCCGGCUGAGAUUGACCUCAGGUCGGCCCUGGCGAGCAUCGCGGCGCUUGGCCUUGAGGGAAGCCACCUGUGCAAACUAAUCAUCAAGUGCGGCGCCGUCCGCGCCCUCUUGGCUGUUUGCCUGGACGCGUCCAAGCCGAACCUUCGAAUCGCCGCCCUCAGGACGCUGGCCAUCAUUUGUGGGGAGGUUGACGCUGUUAGACACUUAGAUCAGGGUGGUGGAAUUGAAAUCCUGGCUGAUAUCCUGACAGAAAACCAAAGAAGUGAGGAGGAGAGAGCGGAAGCCGCCUCUGUUUUAACUCAAGCGUCCACCCUUGGAGUGGAUGGCAGCUUAACCAUCGAGUCCCUUCCUGACCACUUGGACUCAUUAGUUUCUUCUCUUUCUCAACUUGCAAGUGAGACCAAAAAAGGCGAGUCCCUGCUGCUAGCUCUGGCCGCCCUGACCAACCUGUCGUUCCUGGAGCCGCGCCAGUGUGUGAUGCUGCUUGUUCAAAAGGGCGUCACCAACAAACUGCUGAAUGCCGUCCGCAGUGGCGUAUCCACAUCCCUCUUUGUACAAGAACAGGCGGCCACUCUUUUGGCCAAUAUGGCGGCCGUCGCUGAGGCCAGGGCCGAGUUGGCCGAGAGUGGUCGUGCCGUUGUUGCCCUUUUGUGCUUCCUUCAAAUCAGAUCUUCCCCUCUGCAGCGCGCGCCGGAAAUUUCCGCAGCCGAAAGGGUCCAGCAAAAGUCUGCAAUUGCCUUGUCAAGGUUGUGCAGUUCACAAACGGUGGCUCAACAAAUUGUGGACCUGCAAGGGGCAGAAAGGUUGGUGCGUCUCUGCAAGGACGAAAAGGAGAGGAACCACAGCGACGGGGUUCUUGUAGCUUGCCUCUCUGCGCUCAGGAAAAUUGCUUCACAUUGUGGCUCUGAAGUGAUUGAAAAACUCGGUGCUCAGGAACUAGUGGCACCAAGACUUCUGGACUCUUUUCUUCUUUACUCGUCAAGACAAGAAAGUUACGUGUGAACUUGCCUUUAUUAUUAUUGUCUUAUUUUUAUUACUCGCAGUCAAACAAAAGUUUACACAAACUUCCUGUUAUUAUUAAUUUCUUAAAUUUAAAUUAAACUUUAAUUAUUAUGUGUUCAUCUGUAUGUGAACUGUGUUUUUAAGAUGUCAAAUAAAAUGUUGUUAAAUUCGAGAAUGCAAAAAAUAAUCAAUAAAAACAUAAAA